UCUGUUUGCCAACAUUAGCUGGAAAUUAUUUUUAACUCACGCUCACGCUUGAAUCGCUCAGACGUAUGCUGUACCCUGCUGCUGCUUUCAACAAAUGAAGUGAAUUCUUUCCGGUAUUCGGUUGUUUUGUCUGUUUGUUUAUUUCAAAUUUAAAAUAAAUCAUCAUCAAGUUCGACAGUUUAGUGGCCUUCCAUAAAUAAAUCCACUGGAUUCCAUACAAAUUUUAUUUAUGGCAAAUUAAAUUAAAAAGAGCUUUUUCUUGUCAAAACUAAAGCAACACGGGGGUUACGAAAUUGUCAACACCACCAACAACAACAAAAAAACGUCGAGCUGAGACAAAAGGCAAACAUCAGAAAAAAAGAAGAGAAGAGACAUAUUCUAAGAUAAGGGAGCAUGCCGGCGAGUAGAACUUAGAAGCAGUAACAACAUCACCACCAACAACAACAAGUAAUAACAUUUUAAAAUUAACAAAAACACACAUAAACAAUUAAUAAUUACGAAAUAAAUAAAAUAUAUACACACAUAAAACAACAACAACAAAACAAACCAAAAAAAUGCCUACUCGCAACACUACAACCUCCAGCAGUAGUACCAUACGGACCGACUACGGCAGUACAACGUUUAAAAUUUCGAUUAGUAACGAUUCGGUGAAUACCGCAGCAGAGGAUAACGAUAGUGCGUCCACAACAACAACGACAGCAACAGCAACGGCCGUUGGCUAUCAAAGUCUCCCAUACACCUCGUCCACGAAUUUAUACGCCCGUUCAUCGUUGACAUCUCGGCUGGGUAAAAUGUCCAUUGACACAAUGCCGAACAGUGAAAUUCGUCAGAUCCAUCAACGGAUCGAUUAUUUCCUAAAUGUUUUGAAUCAAAUCUGUAUUGGAUUUGUAACGAUUUGGAUGUCGUGGAUGUGUUUGCGCUCGGGUUUGGCCGGAACGGCACUGCAUGCAUGGCUCGUAACAAUUGGGUUCUCAUUUCUCAUGGCCGAGGGCGUGAUGUGUCUCUACAAUCACAAUGUGCUGACAUAUAAUUAUCGUCGGACAACAAAGACCACCAUACAUUGGGUACUUCAGGCUUUGGGUGGAGCUUGUGGCAUAGCUGGCGUGCUCAUUAAGUGCAUACAAAAGGGAUUCUCCUUGCACUCGACACAUGGCAAAUUGGGUUUUGCCGCCUUAAUCCUGUGCUGUAUCAGUCUGCUUUCCGGCCUUUCGGCCCUCUAUUCAAUGCGUUUGAAACAAUGCCUAAGUCCGUUGCUGAAUAAAAGUUUCCAUAAUCUCUUGGGUUUGGUGACAUUCGCAGUGGCCCUAUCGGCCCAAUAUUAUGGCUAUACGACGGGAUUCUUUUCACGUAAAACACCUUCGCAUGAUUUUACAAUUCUAAUGAAAGUUUUAACCCUACUCACCUUGGUCUUAUCAGCGUGGGGUCCCUUCAAAUCCAUGAUGCAUAAAAUGCGUAGCAUUUAUAAACAUUAUAGUUGAA